AUGGAACCGUCACCAACUGCAGCAAAUACAUCUUCCACAGUGAAGCCGACAACUACAGCUGAGUCUGCUUCGACUUCGAUGGAACCGUCACCAACUCAAGCAAAUGCAUCAUCCACAGUAAAGCCGACAACAACAACCGAGUCUGCUUCGACUUCGAUGGAACCGUCACCAACUCAAGCAAAUGCAUCAUCCACAGUGAGGCCGACAACAACAGCUGAGUCUGCUUCGACUUCGAUGGAACCGUCACCAACUGCAGCAAAUACAUCUUCCACAGUGAAGCCGACAACUACAGCUGAGUCUGCUUCGACUUCGAUGGAACCGUCACCAACUGCAGCAAAUGCAUCUUCCACAGUGAAGCCGACAACUACAGCUGAGUCUGCUUCGACUUCGAUGGAACCGUCACCAACUCAAGCAAAUGCAUCAUCCACAGUGAGGCCGACAACAACAACCGAGUCUGCUUCAGCUUCGAUGGAACCGUCACCAACUGCGGCAAAUGCAUCUUCCACAGUGAAGCCGACAACUACAGCUGAGUCUGCUUCGACUUCGAUGGAACCGUCACCAACUGCGGCAAAUGCAUCUUCCACAGUGAAGCCGACAACAACAACCGAGUCUGCUUCGACUUCGAUGGAACCGUCACCAACUCAAGCAAAUGCAUCAUCCACAGUAAAGCCGACAACAACAACCGAGUCUGCUUCGACUUCGAUGGAACCGUCACCAACUGCAGCAAAUGCAUCUUCCACAGUGAAGCCGACAACUACAGCUGAGUCUGCUUCGACUUCGAUGGAACCGUCACCAACUGCAGCAAAUACAUCUUCCACAGUGAAGCCGACAACUACAGCUGAGUCUGCUUCGACUUCGAUGGAACCGUCACCAACUCAAGCAAAUGCAUCAUCCACAGUGAGGCCGACAACAACAACCAAGUCUGCUUCAGCUUCGAUGGAACCGUCACCAACUGCGGCAAAUGCAUCUUCCACAGUGAAGCCGACAACUACAGCUGAGUCUGCUUCGACUUCGAUGGAACCGUCACCAACUGCAGCAAAUACAUCUUCCACAGUGAAGCCGACAACUACAGCUGAGUCUGCUUCGACUUCGAUGGAACCGUCACCAACUCAAGCAAAUGCAUCAUCCACAGUAAAGCCGACAACAACAACCGAGUCUGCUUCGACUUCGAUGGAACCGUCACCAACUCAAGCAAAUGCAUCAUCCACAGUGAGGCCGACAACAACAGCUGAGUCUGCUUCGACUUCGAUGGAACCGUCACCAACUGCAGCAAAUGCAUCUUCCACAGUGAGGCCGACAACAACAACCAAGUCUGCUUCAGCUUCGAUGGAACCGUCACCAACUGCGGCAAAUGCAUCUUCCACAGUGAAGCCGACAACUACAGCUGAGUCUGCUUCGACUUCGAUGGAACCGUCACCAACUGCAGCAAAUGCAUCUUCCACAGUGAAGCCGACAACUACAGCUGAGUCUGCUUCGACUUCGAUGGAACCGUCACCAACUCAAGCAAAUGCAUCUUCCACAGUGAAGCCGACAACAACAGCUGAGUCUGCUUCGACUUCGAUGGAACCGUCACCAACUGCAGCAAAUACAUCUUCCACAGUGAAGCCGACAACUACAGCUGAGUCUGCUUCGACUUCGAUGGAACCGUCACCAACUCAAGCAAAUGCAUCAUCCACAGUGAGGCCGACAACAACAACCGAGUCUGCUUCGACUUCGAUGGAACCGUCACCAACUCAAGCAAAUGCAUCUUCCACAGUAAAGCCGACAACAACAACCGAGUCUGCUUCGACUUCGAUGGAACCGUCACCAACUGCAGCAAAUGCAUCUUCCACAGUGAAGCCGACAACUACAGCUGAGUCUGCUUCGACUUCGAUGGAACCGUCACCAACUCAAGCAAAUGCAUCAUCCACAGUAAAGCCGACAACAACAACCGAGUCUGCUUCGACUUCGAUGGAACCGUCACCAACUGCAGCAAAUGCAUCUUCCACAGUGAAGCCGACAACUACAGCUGAGUCUGCUUCGACUUCGAUGGAACCGUCACCAACUGCGGCAAAUGCAUCUUCCACAGUGAAGCCGACAACAACAACCGAGUCUGCUUCGACUUCGAUGGAACCGUCACCAACUCAAGCAAAUGCAUCAUCCACAGUGAGGCCGACAACAACAACCAAGUCUGCUUCAGCUUCGAUGGAACCGUCACCAACUGCGGCAAAUGCAUCUUCCACAGUGAAGCCGACAACUACAGCUGAGUCUGCUUCGACUUCGAUGGAACCGUCACCAACUGCAGCAAAUGCAUCUUCCACAGUGAAGCCGACAACUACAGCUGAGUCUGCUUCGACUUCGAUGGAACCGUCACCAACUCAAGCAAAUGCAUCAUCCACAGUAAAGCCGACAACAACAACCGAGUCUGCUUCGACUUCGAUGGAACCGUCACCAACUCAAGCAAAUGCAUCAUCCACAGUGAGGCCGACAACAACAGCUGAGUCUGCUUCGACUUCGAUGGAACCGUCACCAACUGCAGCAAAUACAUCUUCCACAGUGAAGCCGACAACUACAGCUGAGUCUGCUUCGACUUCGAUGGAACCGUCACCAACUCAAGCAAAUGCAUCAUCCACAGUGAGGCCGACAACAACAACCAAGUCUGCUUCAGCUUCGAUGGAACCGUCACCAACUGCGGCAAAUGCAUCUUCCACAGUGAAGCCGACAACUACAGCUGAGCCUGCUUCGACUUCGAUGGAACCGUCACCAACUGCAGCAAAUGCAUCUUCCACAGUGAAGCCGACAACAACAACCGAGUCUGCUUCGACUUCGAUGGAACCGUCACCAACUGCAGCAAAUGCAUCUUCCACAGUGAAGCCGACAACAACAACCGAGUCUGCUUCGACUUCGAUGGAACCGUCACCAACUCAAGCAAAUGCAUCAUCCACAGUGAGGCCGACAACAACAGCUGAGUCUGCUUCGACUUCGAUGGAACCGUCACCAACUGCAGCAAAUACAUCUUCCACAGUGAAGCCGACAACUACAGCUGAGUCUGCUUCGACUUCGAUGGAACCGUCACCAACUCAAGCAAAUGCAUCAUCCACAGUGAGGCCGACAACAACAACCAAGUCUGCUUCGACUUCGAUGGAACCGUCACCAACUGCGGCAAAUGCAUCUUCCACAGUGAAGCCGACAACUACAGCUGAGUCUGCUUCGACUUCGAUGGAACCGUCACCAACUGCAGCAAAUGCAUCUUCCACAGUGAAGCCGACAACAACAACCGAGUCUGCUUCGACUUCGAUGGAACCGUCACCAACUGCAGCAAAUGCAUCUUCCACAGUGAAGCCGACAACAACAACCGAGUCUGCUUCGACUUCGAUGGAACCGUCACCAACUGCAGCAAAUGCAUCUUCCACAGUGAAGCCGACAACUACAGCUGAGUCUGCUUCGACUUCGAUGGAACCGUCACCAACUGCGGCAAAUGCAUCUUCCACAGUGAAGCCGACAACUACAGCUGAGUCUGCUUCGACUUCGAUGGAACCGUCACCAACUGCAGCAAAUGCAUCUUCCACAGUGAAGCCGACAACUACAGCUGAGUCUGCUUCGACUUCGAUGGAACCGUCACCAACUCAAGCAAAUGCAUCAUCCACAGUGAGGCCGACAACAACAACCAAGUCUGCUUCGACUUCGAUGGAACCGUCACCAACUGCGGCAAAUGCAUCUUCCACAGUGAAGCCGACAACUACAGCUGAGCCUGCUUCGACUUCGAUGGAACCGUCACCAACUGCAGCAAAUGCAUCUUCCACAGUGAGGCCGACAACAACAACCGAGUCUGCUUCGACUUCGAUGGAAGCCGUCACCAACUGCAGCAAAUGCAUCUUCCACAGUGAAGCCGACAACUACAGCUGA